UUUAAUCUCAAAUAUUAGAAAUAUUUGUGAAGAAGUUGUUUAUAAUAAUUUUGAUAAAGAUUUUGAAAUUUUUGAUAAUGGAGAUAACUCCAAAAAUCUUGACAAAUCUGUAUCUACUUUGUUAUUAACAUACAACACAAAUACUAUGAAUAUUAAUGCAAAUAUAUAUGAUCUUCACUUUGAUGAUAUGGCAAUAGAAGUUGCUAGAGUUUAUGCUAAUUCAGUAUCACAAAUAUUACAAAAACAAGUUGAAGAAACUGGCAUAGAUUAG